GAAUCAAAUAUCAGAAAUUCAUUAUCUAAACCUCGUUCUAUUUGACCUUAUUGUCCCAACAGUUCUUAAGGCGAACAGAUAAGAAAGUUCCUAAACUUGUGCAGAUCUCCAACCAAGCUUCACCGGAUAAAAAACUGAUCAGAUCCGCAUAAUCUCGAUCUCUGUCACCAUUUCAAAUUAAUUUGAAUCUGGAGAAUUUUUUUUGGUCCUAAGGAAGCGUGCUUUUACUUGUAGAUCUGAGCAGUUAUGGCUUCCUCUUCUGUCAUCCCCACAAAAGAAAAGUAUGAUGUCUUCAUCAGUUUCAGAGGCCAGGAUACUCGCAAGACUUUUACCAGCCAUCUUGAAACUGCUCUGAUAAGGAGGAAAGUGGAAACCUACAUUGAUUACAGACUGGAGAGAGGAGAUGAAGUGGGACCCGCCCUUCUAAAAGCAAUCGAGGAAUCAAAGAUUUCCUUGAUCAUUUUCUCGGAAGGCUAUGCUUCUUCCGCGUGGUGCUUGGAUGAACUUGCUCAUAUACUGGAAUGCAGGGAAAAACAUGGACGAUAUGUUAUACCUAUUUUUUACGAUAUAGAACCAUCACAAGUGCGCUACCAGACUGGAAGUUAUGAGACUGCAUUUGCUCAACAUGAACAAUGGUUGAAGGACGACAAGACGGACAAGGUGGCCAAGUGGAAGGAAGCUUUAGUAAAAGCAGCCAAUCUAUCUGGGUCUCAUUCAGCUUCAAGAACUGCUCGGGAUGAUUCCGAUUUAGUUGAGCAAGUAGUCAGAGAUGUGUUGACCAAAUUGAAUCGUGAAUCAUCAACCGAUUUAACUGGUCUGAUUGGAGUUGAAGGCCGCAUGCAGAAAAUUUUAUUGGAAUUAGACAUCAUCCCAGAAGAUGUUCGUGUUCGCUCUGUAGUUAUCUGGGGUAUGGGUGGUAUCGGCAAGACCACGCUGGCUGAUGCUGUAUAUCAUGGACUCUCUUCUCAAUUCGAAGCUCACUGUUUUCUUGCAAAUGUUAGGGAACGAUCAGGUACCAAAGGAGCUUUCUCUCCUGAACUGUAUCUUUUGCGAAAUGAACUUCUUGGAGAAUUACUAGGGGACAGGAAUUUAGCUAUCCAUCCUCGUACUAUAGGUGAUGUUUACAAAGAGAGGCUCCGCAGUACAAAAGUCCUUGUUGUCCUCGACGAUGUGAAUGAUUCAAGCCAAUUAACAUUUUUAGCUGGAGAAGUUCCAUUUGGCCGAGGAAGUAGAAUAAUUAUAACAACUCGAGAUAAGCGACUAGUUAAGGUCCUUGAGGAGACUCUACUAGUGAAGAAAGUAGCUGACCAUGAUGUUAAGAUCUACGAGGCAGAGAAAUUAGAUGAAGAUGAAUCUCUUCAGCUCUUCCAUUUAAAUGCUCCCACAUAUUCCACGGAAAGUUCAGUAUCUUCAGAGGAGGUGGUAGAUCAUGAUGUUGAGAUGUACGAGUUGGAGGAAUCAUUUAAAUCUCAUCAGCUCUUCCAUUUAAAUGCUCCCACAUAUUCCACGGAAAGUUCAGUAUCUUCAGAGGAGGUGGUAGAUCAUGAUGUUGAGAUGUACGAGUUGGAGGAAUCAUUUAAAUCUCAUCAGCUCUACCAUUCAAAUGCUCCCAGAUAUUCCGUGGAAAGUUAUUUAUUUUCAAAGAAGGUGAUAGAUCGUGCUGCUGGCAUUCCAUUAGCCAUCAACAUUUUGCGUUCAUUAUACCUUAAAUCGAAAGGACCGGAACAGUUUUGGGAUAAAUUGAAAAAGUUUCCCAAUGAAGGACUUCAGAGCGUGUUGCUCUGUAGUUUUGAAGGAAUAGAAGAAAACGAGAGGGAGAUAUUCCUUGAUAUUGCAUGUUUUCACAAAGGGGAGAAACUUUGUGAUGCAAAAAGAAUAUUAGCUGCCUGUGGUUUAUUUCCGGAUGAUGGAAUUGAAAGUCUCAUUUAUAUGUCUCUCAUAUCAAUCAAAGAUGACCGCAUAUGGAUGCACGAUGAAAUACAAGUAAUGGGUUGGAAGAUUGUCCACAAAGAAUGUGCUACAGAUCCGGGACAGCGCAGUAGGCUGUACACUUUUGAGGAUGUCUGUGAUGUAUUGGAAAGGAGGAAAAAGGGAACUCCGGCAGUUCAAUGUAUAUCCCUGAAAAUGGUAAAUAAUGAAGAGGUACUGUUGAGUCCUAAAGCCUUCAAAAAGAUGUAUAAUCUGAGAUUCCUUGAGCUUGGUUCGGUUGAUAUAAAUCUCGACGACAACACAGAUCUUGAAUGUCUUCCUGAUGCCCUUCGAUUUAUAAGCUGGCCUAGAUGCCCUCUGAAAUCUUUGCCAUCAAACUUUUCUCCAAAAAAUCUUGUGGAUAUUCAUAUGCCUUGGAGCAAACUCCAAAGACUUUGGAAUAAACGCCAGAAUCCUAAGAACUUGAGAAGGAUUGAUCUCUGUCGUUCAUUGGAGCUGACUGAAAUUCCUGAUCUGUCGAAGUGUAUAAAUAUUGAGAGUAUUAAUCUUAAAGGAUGUAGGAGUUUGGUUGAAAUCACUUCAGAUUUUGGUAAUCUUACCAAGCUUACUUAUCUGAAUCUGAGAGGAUGCUCAAAAUUGAGAAAAAUUCCAGAGCUACCAUGCACGAUGGAAUUCUUAGAUUUAAAUGAAACUGUACUAGAGGAAUUGCCUUCAUCAAUUUGGUCUAUGGAAAAACUUCUUGAGUUGAGUCUUCAUAGAUUUAAGUGCAAUAUUCCGAAUGUCCCUUGGAACCUCAUGUCUCUCACAUCUCUUAUUUUGACGGGGACGGGAAUUGAACAGCUACCCUCAUCGAUUGGAAAUAUUGUUGGACUCAAAACAUUAGACUUGACUUGGUGCAAGAGCCUUGAGUUUGUCCCAGACGACAUCUACAAGCUGCACCUUCUUGAGCAUUUCUUGCUUCCACACUGUUGGCAACUAAAAAAAUUACCUCUCUCAUCUACCAGUCUCUGCAAGUUAAUAUGUCUAGACCUUGAUGACUGCAAAUUGUUGGAAGAAAUCCCCGACGGCCUCAUUUGCUCAACCUCAUUGAAAAGGCUAAAUCUACGUGGAAACGGGAUGAUUGUGACCAUACCUGAGACCAUCAAAUUAGCUUCUGGGCUCUGGUAUCUAAGCAUCAAGAAUUGCAAGCGCCUUCAGUCUAUACCAGAACUCCCCAGUCAUCUAAACGAGUUGAAUGCAGAUGGUUGCACAGCAUUGAAGACAGUUUCAAGAACAGAACAGAAACAAUGUUUGGAUGAACGACUUGAAUCAGAGAAACAUACAUAUUGUGGUUGCGUAAAUUUGGAUGAUAAUGCAAGGAGCAGCAUAAUGGCAGAUGCGCAGAUUAGAAUUAGGCGAAGGGCUGCUUCUGAUCCUGGGCCUGAUUACUAUGGUAGAACACCACUUGCCUGUAUCCGAAUGUGUCCGGGAAAUGAAAUUCCAAGGUGGUUCAGCUGUCAAACACAGGGAUCUUCAAUAAAUAUUAAGCUUCCUCAGAAUUGGUCCUAUAACUUUUUGGCUUUCGCUUUCUGCGUUGUUGUUACAAUCCCUAAAUCAUCUUAUCUGAAAAAUCUUUGUAAAUCCAUUCUCACAACCAACAAUGGUGAAAGGCAUCGUUUAGAGUUCAAUUUUGACACAUUUUGGGUUGGGGUUCUUGGGGCGGAGAAUUCAGAUCACAUCUUGGUGUGGUACAGAAGAAUUCCAAAACCUGAAGAUAGGCAGCGGGCGACCGAAGCUUCUUUUGACUUCCCUGCGGCGCAGUGUGCCACCGAAGCUUCUUUUGACUUCCCUAUAGAACUUUAUCAUUUAAAGGGUCGUGCAUUUAACGAUCCUAGUAAUCGAAUUGAGGUGAAAAGGUGUGGGGUCUGCUUUCUAUAUCCCCAAUGGCAAGAUGAUGAUGCUCUGAAAUUUGAAGUCAUUAAUCCACAACAAGUUACUACAACUAGGAAACGCGGCCGCUCUGAGGAUGAAGCUAGUGGAAGUCAAAUGUCUGGUCACUUUGAUCGUGGAAGUCAAACUUAUUGUGAGUAUUGAUAGUGGAAGUGAACUUUCUCCUUAUUAAUCUUGCAGUGAAGCUUCCAAAGCCCGACUGAAGGUUUUCAAAACUGUCACCUGACUUUCUCGCCCGACUUCAUUUUUACGUUCUGUUUAUGUUGAUUUCCAUAGCAUAGAUAGCGAAACAAGUAGCUUUCUAUAUGAAUACAUGUUUUUGUCAAGUAAUUAAAACUCCAUCUAUUCUUGCACAAAUUUUUGUAAAUCGAUCUUUUGGUUAAUCCAUGCCCUUUAUUGGUGUAAUUUGCAA